GACGUCACUACCAGGCGACCCGGACUCCACUAGUACGUCACCGCAGUAGUGCCAACAUGGCGUUCACACUGUACGCACUGAUACAAACAGUGAUAUUAUUCACUAAUGCCAUCGCUGUUCUCCACGAAGACAGGUUUCUUAGUAAAAUUGGUUGGGGAGCAGAGCAAAGUAUUGGAGGGUUUGGAGAUGAACCUGGGAUUAAAGCACAACUUCUUAACCUUAUCCGUUCUGUGAGGACUGUCAUGAGAGUGCCUUUGAUUGCAGUAAAUUCAGUGUGUAUGGUCUUACUAUUGUUGUUUGGAUGAACAUGGAUUGAACUGCAAUGGAACUAUGGAAGAUCUAACGUGGAAUGCUAUGCACAUGGUCAAUAGAAAACUGGACUGUUUUUUGUUAACUGGUUAUGUUUGAUGCUCUCAAUUUCUGUAAGGUCCCUGGAUAUUUUUUUUUAAGUACCUCUUUUUGCAUGUCAUGACAUGAAUUGCUGUUAUAAACAAAUUUAUAAAAGAACCCGUGUUUUUAAGAAUGCGCAAACUUUGUCCAGCAUCUAGUUCUCUAGAAUUCAUGUAUUUGUCACAUUAAGCAACUUUCAUAUCAGAAAAAAAGUUUUAUGUUUUUUGCAUUUAAAAUGUAAAGAUUUUUCCAAAAUUCUUUGUGGAAAAACAUUUUAAAUGUCAAAGUUAAAGUAUAACAUGCUCAAGUAUUACUAGAAGUAUACAAUACCAACACUGCUCUUUUAGCAUAGACAAAAAAGAUCUUAAAUUGUAUCUAAAAAAGCCAGUCAACACAUUUAAAAUAGAUUUUAAUAAAGUCAUUGUGUUUUCCUGUACUGUA